GAUGUGGCGGUGUUUUCGCCCCGCUUUCUUCUCCUUCUUGGCGCUGCUUAUGCAUCUGGCUGGAGCUUCGUCCAGCGUUUUGCCCUCUGUGGUCCCUACAGACGAAAUCCAGAGAUUUGGAUGGCUGUGAUUGGCCUGCAUCAUCUUUAUGUAGAUGACUCUCACACUGUGAAGCGCCAAGUCGGAGCUAUUAUGAUGCAUUCUAAUUAUGAUUUUGCGACCUUUGAAAAUGACAUUGCCUUGUUCAUACUAACUACGUUUGUCAAGUACAAUGACUACAUCCAGCCCAUCUGCUUACCAGACACUCUUCCUCUCUUGACUGAUGAGACCCCAUGUUACAUAAGUGGAUGGGGGUACACAACAGAAAAUGGUAAAAAUGAACAUGUAUUACAAGAAGCUCAAGUUGAUAUUAUUCCACUUCACGUCUGUAACAGAUAUGAUUGGUAUGGAGGGACAGUAGCAUGGAAUAUGCUGUGUGCUGGCUCUGCAGAUGGGAGCGUUGACAGCUGCCAGGGAGACAGUGGUGGCCCUCUGAUGUGCUAUUUUCCAGAUGUCAGCAAGUAUUAUCUGAUGGGAAUCACCAGCUCUGGCUAUGGCUGUGGCAAGCCAAACUUUCCAGGAAUCUACGUACGUACAGCAAAUUACACAAGUUGGAUAAAUUCACAUCUGCAUAACAAAAACCCCAUUGUGAAUAUCAGAUUUGUCCUGAUCUUUUCGGCUGUUGUGUGGAUAACUUUCCAUAUUGUUUUAUGA